GAGACUACAGGGGCCAGCCUCCUUAUCAAGAAGGCUCCACAGCUCCAUCCUCUGUGCUCGGGUAGCCCAGCAAGAGGCUGGCAGACCCCGCCAGCCAGCGGCUGCUUUGCUGUCUCACUGGCCAGGAAGGUGGACACCUCACACCUCAGUCUCCCAAUUACGCCCUCCUCCCCCAUUCCUUCUCCCCUCCCUUCUCUCUCCUCCUCCUCCUCCCCUUUCUCUCCUCCUCUCCCCCCUGAAAACCUGUGGCUUGAAGAGACCUUGGCUUCUCUGGGACUCUACCCCUGGGGACUGCCCAUAUCUGCUCCUGAGUUUGGGGGCAGGAGGGCAACCGCCCCAAGAAAUCUCUCCGGCGAUGGGAGCCACCCGCCUGCUGCCCAACCUCACUCUGUGCUUGCAGCUACUGAUUCUCUGCUGUCAAACUCAGGGGGAGAAUCACCCGUCUCCUAAUUUUAACCAGUACGUGAGGGACCAGGGUGCCAUGACUGACCAGCUGAGCAGGCGGCAGAUCCGUGAGUACCAGCUCUACAGCCGGACCAGUGGCAAGCACGUGCAGGUCACCGGGCGUCGCAUCUCUGCCACCGCGGAGGACGGCAACAAGUUUGCCAAACUCAUAGUGGAGACAGACACGUUUGGAAGCCGUGUGCGCAUCAAGGGUGCUGAGAGCGAGAAAUACAUCUGUAUGAACAAGAGGGGCAAGCUCAUCGGGAAGCCCAGUGGGAAGAGCAAAGACUGCGUGUUCACAGAGAUCGUGCUGGAGAACAACUACACAGCCUUCCAGAAUGCCCGGCACGAGGGCUGGUUCAUGGCCUUCACCAGGCAGGGUCGGCCCCGCCAGGCUUCCCGCAGCCGCCAGAACCAGCGAGAGGCUCACUUCAUCAAGCGCCUCUACCAGGGCCAGUUGCCCUUCCCCAACCACGCUGAGAGGCAGAAGCAGUUCGAGUUUGUGGGCUCAGCCCCCACCCGCCGGACCAAGCGUACUCGGAGGCCACAGCCCCUGACGUAGUCAGGGACACUGGGGGCAGCUGCCCCUCACCAGCCUUCCCAUCCCCUUCCCUUCCUAAUCCCAAGACUGGGCUGGGGUGGAGGGAGGGGAGUCAGAGCCCCCAAGGAGGAAGGACCCUGAGGAACUACAAGCGUCAGAGCCUCAAGCCAGAAAGGGGACAGGACUGCCACAUAGCAGGGCUGGGGCGGCAGGGCAGCUGCCCCAGACCCAACAAUGGAAUAGGCCCCAGGGGGGAGGAGGGAUGGCAGACCCCCAGGAGAGGAACUGUAGUGUUACCCAGGACUCAGGCUCCCUGAAACAGGCAAAAAGGGCAGCAGGUUCAAAGCCUUGCAGACACUGUCUGGAGCUGGCUCUCUUUAAAUUCUCCCCAAAUCUUCUCCAGUCUGCCCCCAGCCUCCAGUUUCCUCCUGGCCAGACUGUAGGAAAGGACUUUUGUGUUUAUUUCAGGAAAAAAGAAAAAAAAAAAGGGUUGGCCAUUCUUCACAUUCCACUACCCAGGCCUGCACCCCCAUCCCCGACUUCGAGCCCCAGAAUAAAACCAUUUUCCUGCAAA